AUGGGUAAACCAAAUUCCACCAACACCUUUGAGUUCAUGCUGAAAGGUCUGAGACGCAAGUGGGAAUUGAAAGGGGGUUGGCAACUUAUUGAUUUCCCCAAUGACUUUUUCAUUGUCAAAUUCAAUCUGGAAGAUGACAUGAAUCAUGCUCUUUGUGGAGGACCAUGGAUUCUGGCUGGGCAAACAUUAGUUGUUAGAAAAUGGAGACCAGACUUUGAUCCUAUGAAUGAAUCUAUUGGAAAAAUGGCAUUAUGGGUUAGAAUUUUCGGUCUACCUGUUAAAUACUUUAAGGACUACGUUGUUGCUAAAAUUGGCAAGAUCCUUGGAGAAGUUGUCAAAGUUGAUCAAUUAACUCUUGGGCAGGCUAGAGGAAAAUUUGCUCGUGUUUGCAUUGAAGUUGAUUUGAACAAGCCCCUGCACCCUUAUGUUGAAGUGGAAUCUGCUGCCUAUGAUGUGGUGUAUGAGGGAAUUUCCCUUAUUUGCUUUGAAUGUGGUUGUUUUGGCCAGUCUAAAGAGAAAUGUCCUUCUCUUGACAUUGACACCAGUGAUGCUCAUCCACAACAUGUUCCUAUAGUUUCUGAAAAUGGUGAAGGUAAUAAUUCAAUGGGAGAUGAUGUAACUAUUGCUCAACAGGCAAUGGAUACCAAUCUUGAGGGAAGGAAUUUUUCUUGA